AUGGAGCACACUUUGAAGAUGCUUCAUGACGUGAUAGCGAGGUCCCUACAACAACCUCAAGUGCAACCGCUACCAGUCAUGCCACCACAACCUAUAGUGGCUACACCAAUGUUACCUUUGAUAACUGCCAUGAAGAAUAUGAAGACACCCCAUUUUGAAGGAGGGACAGAUCCAUCUGAAGCCGACCAGUGGCUUCGAACCAUUGAGAAAAACUUUGAGAAGCUGACGUGUUCCGAGGAGUCUAAGAAAAAGAUGGCGGUGUAUUACUUAGAAAAAGACGUGGCAGAAUGGUGGGAGAGUAGGGAUCGCCAAGUAGGACAUCUGGUCACCACUUGGGCGGCAUUCAAAAAAUAA